AUGCUGUCCAUCAGUUCGACAGAGAUGUUACCAUUCUAUGAUGAAUUACCAUUUCAAGAACUGAUUCCCAGGCAUAUUUCUCACACAGUAUACCAGGUUCUUCGAUAUGCACUGAUUCCUUCAAUCAGCGUGGUCGGAAUAGUCGGCAAUGUCAUCAGCAUUCGUAUACUGACUCGACAGGGGUUCAGAAAAUGUUCAAAUGUACUUCUCGUGUGUUUGGCUUUCUCUGAUGUUCUGGUUCUAACGGGUACAAAUAACUUCCCUGUGUACAUCUAUAACCUGAAUGAACCACAAGUUUUCAUGUUUUCUGAAAGAAUUAAUUAUUUGUGUUAUAUUUUAGCUAUGAUAUUUUUAUAUAUUACAGUAACUGGACUUGUGGCUUCAAUGUUAAUUCCUAUUCUGAUAACCGGAGAGCGCUUGUUAGCAAUAUUCUGUCCGCUUAGAGUUUAUUUUAUCCUAACUCCCUGUCGUAUAAUUAUUUUAGUCAUCAUUAUUUACAUUUUGGCUACAUUGUAUUUUAUUUAUACCUUUGUUAUAUGCAUGCAGUUUCGGCAAACUUCAAUUGAUGGUGUCAGUGUUGGUGAGAUAGCAACCACAGAUCUGUAUGUUUGCGACCCCAGAAGCCAGUUUACUGAGGUAAUAGAUAGUAUAUUCAAUUAUUCCACAGGAAUAAUUCCCAUUAGCUUGGUGAUGAUUGGCUGUGUUGUUAUUGGAACCCAAGUGGUCUUCAUUACCAACAGACGCAAGAUGUUAAUCGCCAGUAAAGUCAAAUUAACAAGACCCAUUGUAUCGAAAACAACCAAGACGUUAUUUAGUAUAUGUGUGUUGUUUAUCGUUUGUAGUGGCUUUGCCUUUGUUUUUGAAUUUGCUUCAAAGUUUCAGCCCGUAUUGCAAGAGUUCACCAUGCAAACGAUAUUUGGAUGUGUUCAAGACUUUCUAGUUUGCAUUAACUGUGUUGGAAACUUCAUAAUUUAUGUGGGUUCCAAUAAUAAUCUCAGGAUUAUAAAAGGCAAGACGAAAUUGUGUAAUAUUAGGAACAUUUGUAGUAGUCAAGAGAAUUAA